CGCGCGCAGAGGCGGGGCGGCGGGAUCUCCAAGCGCGCGGUGCUCCGCCCGCUCGGCGGCGGAGGCGGAGGCGGAGACGGCGGGGCCAGGCGGCGGCCGGAGAGCGAGCGAGCGAGCGAGCGCGGCGGCAGCACCGGGGCCAUGGCUCCCGCGCAGCGCCCGCUGCUGCCGCUGCUGCUACUGCUGCUGCCGCUGCGGGCGCGCAACGAGGAUCCGGCCCGUGCCAACGCUGACCGCUACGCAGUCUACUGGAACCGCAGCAACCCCAGGUUUCAGGUGGGCGCCCUGGGUGAUGGCGGCGGCUACACGGUGGAGGUGAGUAUCAAUGACUACUUGGACAUCUACUGCCCACACUACGGGGCUCCUCUGCCCCCGGCCGAACGCAUGGAGCGGUACAUCCUGUAUAUGGUGAACGGCGAGGGCCACGCGUCCUGUGACCACCGGCAACGAGGCUUCAAGCGCUGGGAAUGCAACCGGCCUGCAGCACCUGGGGGGCCCCUCAAGUUCUCAGAGAAGUUCCAGCUCUUCACCCCCUUUUCCCUGGGCUUUGAGUUCCGUCCUGGCCAUGAGUACUACUACAUCUCUGCUACACCUCCCAACCUCGUGGACCGGCCCUGCCUGCGGCUGAAAGUUUAUGUGCGUCCAACCAAUGAGACCCUGUACGAGGCCCCGGAGCCCAUCUUCACCAGUAACAGCUCCUGCAGUGGCCUGGGCGGCUGCCACCUCUUCCUCACUACGGUCCCCGUACUGUGGACCCUCCUGGGCUCCUAGUGUCAGGACAAGGACACCAGCCUCACCUGGACCCCUCGACUUGUCCCUCGGACCUGAUGCGGCCACCUCUGAGACAAAAAUCCUUGCUGCUUCUCUUUCAUGGUGCUGUCCCACCAGAGGAGGCCGCCAACCCGCCCCCCGGUCCAAUG